AUGGUGUCUGAUCCUUGUCAAUGCCUGGUGUCUAAUGCUUGUGACAGUGACACCACCAUCAACAGUGACUACCGCAUCUACAGUGACGCCACCAUCUGCAGUGACACCAUCAUCUACAAUGGCACCAUCAUCUACAGUGACACGAUCAUCUACAGUGACACCACCAUCUACAGGGACACCAUCAUCUACAGGGACACCACCAUCUACAGGGACACCAUCAUCUACAAUGGCACCAUCAUCUACAGUGACACGAUCAUCUACAGUGACACGAUCAUCUACAGUGACACCACCAUCUACAGGGACACCACCAUCUACAGGGACACCACUAUCUACUUUGACACCAUCAUCUACAGUGACACCACCAUCUACAGUGACACCACCAUCUACAGUGACACCAUCAUCUACAGUGACACCACCAUCUACAGUGACACCACCAUCUACAGUGACACCCCCAUCUACAGUGACACCCCCAUCCUCCUCCACAUGUAG